UUAUAGAGACGGGAAACAAUUUAAUAAUAUUCAAGAUUUACAUUCUGCGAUAUUAGUAGCCUGGUCAAGUAUUACACCCGAAAAUUUGUUUAAAUAUGUUAAUGUAAUGCAACAGCAUAUGAUCGACGUUGUUAAAGAAAGUGGUGAUAAAAUCAAUAUAUAA